CGAUUAGUUAAAGUGCAGCAGCCGUAGAGAACGGACGUGUGUGCAGUUCCUCCAGUUAUAUCUACUACAGUUUGACAUUCAGCUAAUGACGUCACCGAUCAUGAGCUCAUCUUUGCAGUUGUUCAGCCUAGUUGCUGUGCUGCUGCUGCUCUCGCUUUGCGGUGGUGGCCAAGCACAGUUUAAGACGGCCGGCAUCAAAACCCGUCAGCCGGUACAGGCUGCAGGCAAUCUACAGCUAUCCAGCAAUGCCAGCAGCGAGUACAACCAAACCCAGUACCAGACCCAGACCCAGACCCAGACUCAAUACAGCAGCUACGGCAACUACGCCAAUUUCGUGCCCGCCGAGACAUAUCAAGGAGCUUCAGGACAUUAUGUUCAAUCGCUCAAUCAGGUGCAUCGGGCUCCACAGGUGCUGGAUGAGACGGCGCUAUUCAUCAACAAAACCCGCUCGGCUAUGGCCAGCGGCAUAUGCUACAAGGAAGUACCCACUGCAUCCUUGUUGCAUGGCUCGCGGGAAAAGUAUGUUGGCAAUGGCACAUCACCAGAUCUAAGUCAGAUUCAGGUUUGCUGUGAGGGUUACGAGCGCAAUCCCCAUAUCUAUAGACGCUGCGAGCCCGUCUGCGUGGACGAUUGCCCCAAUGGUAUUUGCACAGCUCCCAAUACUUGCGUUUGUAUGCCCGGACAUGUGAGAACGGACGAGGGUAAAUGCAUCUCUACCUGCCCGCUGGGCUGUGGCAACGGAGUGUGCGAUGAACAGAACGAAUGCCGGUGCCGCGAGGGCUACAAACUGGAUCCGGUUAGCCGCAAGUACUGCCAGCCAGAGUGCAAUCCAGGCUGUGCCAAUGGACGCUGUGUGGCGCCCAACAAAUGCGAUUGCCUUCAGGGCUAUCGCCGUGCCGCUGAUGGCAGUUGUACUCCUGUCUGCGACCACUGCGAGAAUGGACAAUGCAUCAAGCCAGGGCAGUGCAGCUGUCAUGUGGGCUACCAGAAUGUGGAGGGACGUUGUGAACCUAUCUGUGACCAACCCUGCAAGAACGGUCGUUGCAUUGCGCCCAAUACAUGUGAAUGUGCCCCGGGAUACGAUUGGGAGCGUAAGAGCGCACAGUGUGUGCCCCACUGUGAUGCGCCGUGCCUGAAUGGCGUCUGCAUCGGACAAAAUAAAUGCGAAUGCAAACUGGGCUAUGUCUUGGAUGAGCAUCGGCCAAAUCUCUGCCAGCCGCAUUGCCCGCAGGGCUGCCCCAAUGGCUAUUGCAGUGCGCCCAACUUCUGCAUCUGCAAGCCAGGCUUCAUCAAGAGCGGCAUCAAGGGACGUCAGAGCUGUCAGCCCGUCUAAACAAUUGGACUUGU